GACUACACAAACACUACUUUUUCCACUGCUUAUAUGGAAUCUUGGCAUAUUCUCUUAUACUUGGCUACUGCUUUCAACUGGGAUGCUCAACAAAUCAAUAUGAAGACUGCCUUCCUUUAUGAUCUCUUACCUGAGAAUGAAACUCAAUAUAUGGAACAACCCAAAGGAUUUGAGAAAACUGGUAAGGAGGUCUAG